AUGCUUGGCUCCGUUCUAACUCCACCACCUAUUGCUAAUUACACAGACCUUGAAGAACGUCAUUGGUCUAAAGAAGAGCCUCCCUCAUACAAUUCAACAGGGCCUUACCUCACUAGACUAGACAAGUUCGAUGAUCUGCAUCUCGAUGGCCCCAAAGACACAAACGAUGAUAUUGCCAAUGAAGCAGCACGAGUCUCUACUGGAUGGGUCGACGCAUCAGAAGCAAUCAUUUCACCACCCAUCCAAGCAUACUUUGCCGACGUCGUGGGAAGCCAGAUAUCCAACACCAGGGCCCCCUUUCCAGAAUCUCAAUGGUCCCAAGAACAAAGUCCUCCUGUUUACAAACCAUACCCGAAUGAACAAAACAGGAUCGAAAAAGCCAACUCUCAAUUCAAUGACGAAGCACCACAAUCCUCUACCUGGUGGUCCACACAAUGGUCCACAGCAUGGGCCCAAGCAUUCAGAGAAACAAUUGCCACACCCAACCCUGCUCACAUUCCCUCUACAAGACCUCAUCACCAUCCCUCCACUAGUAAUCUCAACCGCCAAACCAGUCUCACCGGUCGAAACCCAUACAAAGGAUUCCACAAAACCAAAAAUCUCCUCGCUAACAAAUUGAUGAAUCGAAUCACUGACAUGCACGGAAGCGCGCACGCUUCCAUAACUUCCUUCGAGGACCUUACCCCAGACCGUCGAAACAAAUAUGAACAAGCAGCAGAAUCUUUCAUUGACUGCGCCAAAGAUCUGAUUCUACAAGCUCAAGGUCCCAAUCAGCGAGUCGACGAUUGGAUGAUCAUGGGAUUUAUCGACGAGAAAUAUACGGUUCCGGAAGAGGGAGAGAAGAAACCAUAUUUGUAUGGAGAGUGGGAGUAUCUCUGGGCAAGUGAUGAAGAUGAGAUUGUGGUCACAAAUGCACUGAUAGGAAAAGAUCCGAGAACGUGGAAUCCGUGGAAAGAUGCUUGGGCAUGGUAUCGCAUACCGACUGUGGAAGAUUGGAAAUGGUGGUGUGGAGAGUGGAGGAAAGUGCCGGGGGCGAUUCGGGAGUGGAAACCUACGGAGGAAACUUGGCCGUGGCAACGAGGUUUCUGGGCUGGAGUUUAG